AUGGCCUCCAUGUCUCCCCCGGGCCCCUCGGCUGGGGCAGCCCCCAAUGCCACGGCGGCAGCGGCGGCGGCGUGGACCAACGUCAGCCUGCCGGAGAUGCCCCUGUUCCACCGGUUUGCCCAGCUGGACGAGCAGCUGCACGCCGCCUUCCCGGGCCUGUGGCUGGCGCUGAUGGCGGUGCAUGGCGUCAUCUUCCUGGCAGGGCUGGUGCUCAACGGGCUGGCACUCUAUGUCUUCGGCUGCCGCACACGGGCCAAGACGCCGUCAGUUGUCUACACCAUCAACCUGGUGGUGACCGACCUGCUGGUGGGCCUGUCCCUGCCCACACGCUUCGCCGUCUUCUACGGCGCCCGCGGCUGCCUGCGCUGCGCCCUGCCCCACGUCUUCGGCUACUUCCUCAACAUGCACUGCUCCAUACUCUUCCUCACCUGCAUCUGCGUGGACCGCUACCUGGCCAUUGUGCGGCCCGAAGGCUCCCGCCGCUGGCGCCAGCCAGCCUGCGCCAGGGCCGUGUGCGCCUUCGUGUGGCUGGCCGCUGGCGCCGUGACCCUGUCUGUGCUGGGCGUGACGACCGCCGGUGGCCCCUGCUGCCGCAUCUUCGCGCUGACCGUCCUGGAGUUCCUGCUGCCGCUGCUGGUCAUCAGCGUGUUCACGGGCCGCAUCGUGUGCGCGCUGUCGCGGCCCGGCCUGCUGCGCCAGGGCCGCCAGCGCCGCGUGCGGGCCAUGCAGCUGCUGCUCACCGUGUUGGUCAUCUUCCUUGUCUGCUUCACACCCUUCCACGCCCGCCAGGUGGCCGUGGCUCUGUGGCCCGACAUGCCGCGCCGCGCCAGCCUCGUGGUCUACCACGUGGCCGUGACCCUCAGCAGCCUCAACAGCUGCAUGGACCCCAUCGUCUACUGCUUCGUCACCAGCAGCUUCCAGACCACCGUCCGCGGCCUCUUUGGCCGGCGUGGAGCAGAGUGCGAGCCCAACGGCUGCGACGUGGUCAGCGUGCACAAGAGCUCCAAGGGCUCAGCCCACCAUCACAUCCUCGGGGCCAGACCUCGAGCCGUCACGCAGGCCUUGGCUAACGGGCCUGAGGCUUAG